AUGGAGCUUAUCAUCACGCCCACGCAAGCACUUGUGCCUUUGUCAGUCCUGUUCCUAGUAUACCACGCACUUCGAGCAUUGUUCUUCGGAAAAGCAGAAUCAAAGCAUUGGGAAGAGCUACCGGUCGUAGGCCUCCAGAAAGGAUGGUUCGAAUGGGUGUGGGCAACGUUGAAGUCCAUCCGAAAGACACAGGACUGGGCGUUCGAAGGUUACCGCAAGUUUGCUGCCGUGAACAGCCCUUUUAUUCUGCCUAGCAUUGACAGAGGAGCGAUGAUCAUCCUACCUCCACGUUUGAUCAAGAAGGUCUACUCGCUCCCAGAAAGCACGCUCGACAUCCAUGCGACGCAAAGUGAGACCAUUCAAACGAAAUGGACAGUCUGGGACAAAGAGGUAGCCGACAAUGACUUCCAGAUCAAUGUUGUGCGUCAUCAGAUUACACGGAAUCUCGAGCACCUGACGCCGCUGAUGGCCGAUGAACUUGACAGAGGCUUCGAGCGGUGGUGGGGAGGUAAAGACGACACCGAGUGGAAGGAGGUCGCGGUAUGGGACGCGUGCUUGAAGUUGAUUGCCGGUGCGAGUAAUGGCGCCUUCUGCGGCGCACCGCUGUGUCGAGACGAGCAGUUUUUGAACGAUCUUAGGGAUCAUGCGAUGAGCAUCUUCGCUGGCGCUAUGCUUAUCAACGCGACGCCCAAACCGCUCAAACCUGUCACUGGUGCUCUUGUAGGAUCCACCUGCUGGUACUUGCGACGAAAAGCGAUGAAGGGUUGUUUGCCUUUUGUAACAGAAAGAUUAAAUGCUACUGCCCAGUUCAAGGCUGAUGCGAAAUGUGGAUGGACCCCACCAAAAGACGGUCUCCAAUGGCUGAUCGAUGAGUGCUACGCCGCAGCCGCGAAAGGAGACGUGGGGCAACUGGACCCGAAGCGAGUGGCACAUCGUCUUUUGUUGGUUAACGACAUUUCUCUGCAUUCGACCAGCUUUACUGUACAAAAUGUGAUCCUGGAUCUCUUCAGCUCGGAUCCAGCAAUGGGUUAUGUUGAUGCACUACGCGAAGAAGCUGCAUCGGUGCUUGCCAAGGCAGGUGGUGUAUGGACACGCGAUGCAGUGCGAGAUCUGAAGCUCAUUGACUCGAUGAUCCGUGAGUCAAUGAGACUCAAUCCAUUUGCGAUUGUUGGACUUCCGCGAACAGUCGUGCAUCCCGAAGGUAUCCGACUUCCGGUGUCCAACAUUCAUGUACCACAAGGAACCAUGAUUGCAGUUCCCAUGGAGCCGAUUCAUUAUGACGAAAGCAUUUAUCCUCAAGCACGCAGCUUCAACGCGUUUCGUUUUGCGGAUCCGAACAACGUUACUAGUAUCGUCGACAAUUUCGCAACCAAGGAUGAUCUCGAAGCCACCAAAGCCGAUGCAAGCGACCGUAAAGGCAAGUCCACUGCUACUCUUGAUGACGCUUUCCUUGGUUUUGGGUUUGGACGGCAUGCGUGUCCUGGACGAUUCUUCGCUUUGAAUGAGAUGAAGGUCUUCAUAGCACACAUGCUGCUAAACUAUGACGUUGAGCACAUGGCAGUCAGACCAAAACCACUGGAUACUGUAUGGCUGAAGCUUCCGUUACAUGGUGGAAAGAUCCGAGUGCGUCGAAGGCCGACAGUUGCAUAG